UUCUCUGUACCACAGUCUUUCCAGACUUUAUUGCAAAGGAAGGGGCACUGUAGGGCAGUAACUUUGGCGAUUAGAUAUGGAUUUGAUCCAGGGCUCUGCCUUAAGAAAUUUUGUGGCUUGGACACAUUAUAGCUCUGCCUCAUUUUCUUUCUCCUUUAAACAAAACUUAAUGUGAAAGCAUCAUGUGGGUUGAAAUUGUUACUAAAAACUAAAAGUUUGAUGACUUAAUUGUUAAAAAUAUGUUGCAAUCAAGUAUAAUCCAUACCCUAGAACUAAAUUACUAUGUAAUCCCAAAUUUGCCUGUAACUUGCCCUUCUGUGUAUCACCACACCUUGCUAAAACAAGUGAUGAGUGAAAGUUUGUGAAUAAUCAUCAAACUUCGACAGGUCAAUUAUUCUCCAGUUCCCUUGUCAUCUCUUCAAUCCAAAAGAUUGAAACAUUUAGUUAUGAUUAUGUUGGUUUUCUCUAUCUGCUUGGCAAUUACCACUGCUUAUUGUGUGAACAUGGAGAGGAACCGGAUACAGCAGAGAGACGAAACUGCUGUGCUCAGGCUCCUGAGGAAAUAAAAGAAGUCAGGAGUCAGUAACGGGAAGAAGAGCAAAUGAAGGACCAAGGUGUUUUAGCUCACCUGGAAAGACUAGAGGCUCAAACGAACAUAUCGAAUAGAAAGUCUGAAGAACCAACAGUUCAAAAAAAGGAAAGUUCUCUUAGAACCAGGAUUCGAGAACUGCAGCAACAACGAGAUAAGCUGAGGGCAGAAGUGAAGCAGUGGCGAGCCAGAGUUAAACAAUCGCCUGCCAAAGAAAACCCAAGCAAAACCGUGAUUAGUGAACAGGAAGUUCUGGAAAGGGCGUGGAGAGAUGUGAAAGCCAUUCUGGAGGCAUAUCGCUUUACAGGGCUCAGCGGGAAGUUGACCAGUCGUGGAGUCUGCAUGUGCAUCAGCACAGCCUUUGAGGGGAACCUACUAGAUUCCUACUUUGUGGACCUCAUCAUAAAGAAACCACUCCGGAUUCAUCACCAUUCCAUCCCAGUGUUCAUCCCUCUGGAAAAGAUAGCCGCAGCACACCUCCAGACUGAUGUUCAGCGCUUCCUGUUUACUCUCUGGGAAUACCUAAAUGCCUACGCGGGAAGGAAAUACCAGGCAGACCAACUUGAGAGUGAUUUCUGUGCUGUCCUCACGGGACCUUUGCAGAGAAACGCCCUGUGCAACUUGCUGUCGUUCACCUAUAAAGUGGAACAGAGAUGCCAGACCUUCUCCUUCAGUGCCAGGUUGCUGUAUGAGGACCCCACAGCAGCUCUUCCCACGGAUGUCACUGUGACAAGGCCAGGUGUGGAGGCAUCAUCCCCUACUUGGGAAGAGCACAGAGCAUCCCAUCAGAUGCUCUUCCGUACCAAGCCCCUGCACCAGGUGUUUGCUUCAUUUUCCAAAGAAACCGAAAAGCUGCGUUUGAACCUGGUCUCCUGAAAAACUGUUUCUCUAUUUGGGGGACAGCAGAAAUGAACACACUUGUGCUGCCUCCAGUCCAGGACCAGUCAGCAAAAGCUGUUGGGAGAGUGCUUGCCUGGAUGCUACCAUGAGAACAGAUACCCGUGUCAUGGGAAUGACAGGGAGCUUGCGUGUAGACAUAGAUAAGUCCGCAUGUGUAGGCACUGGGCAGUUGGGACAGUUCUCCAAAGUGACUGCUUGUUCACUGUUCACUCAGCCCAGUGCUCCAGAAUGUCUCUUCCUCCUAUAAGCACCAGUGCUGACUUGAUUGUAUGCAUAUAUUCUUGCUGGAAUCAGCUAGAAUGGGGGUAACUGAAGACCUUUUGUAAGCAUCUCUAGCUUUCCUGGAAGCUAUAAAUCCAUGAUAGGGCUUGUGGUUAAGAAGGGAAGUGUUUUUUAGUCUUGGGUUUGGAGCAGCAUGUGCUGGGCCACUAUUUGGUGAGAGAAUAUUUUUAUACUUGGGGGUUCUAUGUAUUUAAUGUUUCCUAAAACAGUUGGGCAGAGAACAGCAUGCAUAAAAUCCUUUUAAGGAAACACUGUUGGAAAUCUGCACAUAGAUCAGGGGACGCUCCUCUGUCAUGGCUCCCUCCUGCAAGUUCCAGGCAUGGCUGUCCUCUUCCCAUUUCCUAGAGACUGUUAAUGUACCUUUUCUCGUUCACCACGGCUCUUUGCUGUGCAGUGUGUGUUGUUCCUCGGCUUAGGGCUUCUUGACAUCUUUAGGCCUGCCUGCUGGACACGCCCUCCCAUUACAACUCCUGCCCUCUCUCUCUGCUAGUCCCAAAUAGGAUCUUUACUCCGCAGGCCCAGCAUUUGGGCUUCACUCUGACUUAGCUGCUUCCUAGAAAUCUCCAUGUGUGGGAGCUCCAGCAAACUCCAGGAAGAAUGCAUGGAACGUAAGCCAUGGUCCCCUAACAGGUUUGGAAUAAAAGGUUCAUGGUCUGUGUCACAGUAACAGAAUUGCCACGACAGUCUCAUCAAGUUGAGUAAAGCUUUUAAUAAAACAGUCCUGUUCGUUAUCAA